GGACACCGGUGCCUCAUGUUCAUUUUUAUAAUUAUUUUGUAAUCUACUGAAUGCACGUGCGCACUCGUCUUUCCUGACGUGCAGGAAAUUUUGAGGAAUAAUUACAAAUCAUUUGAGAGUCGGUUUUUUAGAAAAGUUAAAAAAUGUCUCGCGAUAUUGUAGGAAUAUUAGAAGAUCCUAAAAUCACAAAAAUAUGUGCACCGAUGGUUAGGUACAGCAAGCUGCAGUUUCGGGCUUUAGUGAGACGCUAUGAUUGUGAAAUUUGUUUCACACCAAUGAUUUUAGCAGAUUCUUUUGUGCAAUCUUCAAAAGCUCGUGAUAAUGAAUUUACAACAAAUUCAGAAGAUGGACCACUUAUUGUACAAUUUGCAGCUAAUAAGCCCCAGGAUUUCGUCCAGGCUGCAGAAAUGGUUGCCCCGUAUUCGAACGGCGUAGAUUUAAAUUGUGGCUGCCCUCAACGCUGGGCUAUGAAGGAGGGGUACGGAGCAAAUUUAUUAAGCAAGCCUCAGCUUAUAAAAGAUUUAAUAUACCAAGUUCGAAAUCGCAUUCCUAAUCCUUUCACAGUCUCAGUGAAAAUUCGCAUCUUAAAAGAUAUAAAGAAAGUGGUUCAACUCUGCCAAACAAUAGAAAAUGCAGGAGCAUCUUUCAUCACAGUUCAUGCAAGAACACCAGAAAUGCGAAACGAGCCGAUCGAUUUAGAAAGUUUAAAAAUAUUGAGGGAUUCUGUUAAAAUACCAAUGAUUGCUAACGGAGGUGUUAAGAGUUUAGAAGAUGCAGAGCUUCUUUACCAGGAAUCCAGAUGUAAUGGAGUGAUGGCUGCAGGAGGAAUUUUAACCAAUCCUGCUUUAUUUUCUGGACAUUCAAAUACACCUUUAAGUUGUGUUCAAGACUGGCUUGAUAUAACUUCAAGCAUGUCUACUAAUUUUUUGACUUUUCAUCAUCAUUUGGUUUUUAUGCUGGAAAAAGUUUUACCUAAGAAGGAGAAGAAAGUUUUUAACGUUUUACAAGAUAAGGACUCUGUUUUAACUUUUUUAGAAGACUAUUACGGAUUGAGGCCUAAGGAGACUAAUAGUAGUUGUGAAAAAAUUGACUUUGUGUUUCAAUCUGCAGCGAAUAAGCGUUGUUCGAAGAGUGAGACCCUCAAUAAUGAUGGUUUAUCUAAUUUAUUUUUGGAAAAUUUAUUUGUGAGCUGAUAAAUGAGAUUUUUCUGAUGGAAUGAGAGUUUUUUUCGACUGAAUGAAUUAUAAAGCGUGCAAAUAAAGGGGAAAAAAAUGUUAGACGAUAACGACUUCAACUUGCUGUAGUGA